AUGCAUUUCUCGAGAUCCAAAAACAUCAGCUACCAUAUAAGCCUUCAUGUCAUCGCUGCGAGUUUGCUUCUUCUAAGCCUGUUUCCAUCACAUGCUCAGGCUGCUCACAAAUGUCAGGACAGUGCAUGGUUGACGGAUGAUGAAGAAAUUGACGACGGGUCAGGCUUUCUCGGCGAUGGCGAAAUUUGCCAUAGACAUAGGCUUUCAGCUGGACAGAUCGUUGGGAUCGUGUUUGGAGGAGUUGGUCGCAAGCGCAGCGCACCACCACCGGCACCACGAGCGGGGUUCUUCUCAAAGUUCGGUCGUAAGCGAAAGCCAGAGGUGUCGCGUUCGGCUGCUCUUCAUAAUCCUACACCCGAUGCAGAACCGACCGAUGCUCAACGAGUAAUGGCGAGCGCUCAAGUUUGA